CGUCCUGGGAAUUCAUCCCAAAGCGAUGGGCAAGAAGGACAAGCAUCGGAAAGGCCAUGAUGAUCACAAGGCUGGCGGUGGCGGGAGAGACCGCUGGGUCAAGGCCGCGUAUCUCGACGGUGCGUCUGAGGACUCUUCUGACGUCUGGAAGCAGAAUGAUAGCAGAAAGAGCGGAAGGAAGUCCGGCGGUCGUCGCCGGGCCGAUAGCAGGGUUGGGCCCUCUCCGAACUUUCAGGACGGUGAACGGGUGACAGUCAGUAUGUUGGAGCAGGCUGAUCGGAAGAAGCUGGCACGCACUCGGGCCCCGGGACGUAUCCCAAUGUGCGAGACGAUCGACCGUCAUACUUGUUAUAUGGCUUCGGUCCAACUCCCCACCGCCGAAGUGCACAACCUGAUCAACAUCUACACCGAGCUAAGAUCAGAAAGUAAAGCCGCACGACACCAUCCUACCACCCUUCGGGAAGAUUUCUGUGGUACAGGUGUUCUUUGUCGGGAGUGGUGCAAGGGCAACGCAGAGAGAGAGGCCUGGGGCGUCGACCUUGACCCAGACGUUAUCCAAUACAGCAAAACAAUCACACUCGGCCAGGAAGGUGGCCCGGAAUGCGAGCGCGUAAAUCUGACAGUCGGCAACGUUCUUUCCGACCCCGCGACAUUGGCGAUACCGAAGGUCGAUAUCAUUGCAGCUCUGAAUUACGGCGUAGAUUAUUUCCAGAAAAGGACGGACUUGAUACACUAUCUCCGUAAUAGUCGAAGUAGCUUGGCGCCGGGCGGCACGUUGAUAGUUGAUUUGUUUGGGGGUGCGACCGUUUGUGGAACCGGGGGCCGGCUUUUCGAGAGACAAUAUAAGGAUUUCACUUAUUAUUUCGAACAGAAGCCGUUUGAUUUAAUGACGAACCUUUCCAAAGUUCAUCUCCAUUUCAGAUUCAAUGAUGGGUCUUGGCACAAAAGCGCCUUCACCUACGAUUUCCGCGCAUACAGCAUCAUCGAGAUGCGGGAAGCCAUGCUCGAAGCCGGAUUCGCCUCCACGCACGUCUGGCUAGCGGAGAGCACAAAUGAGAGAGAGGUACUGCGGUGUGCUGACGAUGAGGACCAAGAUGAGGAUGAUGAGGAAGAGAACCAGGACAACGAGACACGGGAGGACGGGACGAGCGAUGAGGAGGUUGAAGAUGGAAAGUCAGAGCCCCGUAGGAAAUUCGGCGCGGGGGCAUAUGGCUAUGAAAGAGUGGAAGGCUCACUGCCGCAGCUCCAGUCAUGGAAUGCUUACGUUGUGGGAAUCAUUUGAGGACUUUGGAUGGACGAGAUAUGACAUUGAACGUGCGAUAUCCGUAGCCGUUUUCCAGCCUGCGUUCUCGGCGUAGUCUGAGAUCCUUGGGACGUCGGCACAUUCAAAUAGAAUCAUAGACGCAUAGACUUUGCAACUGGUCAAUAGUGCAAUCAUUCAUAGAACCAUCUCUUUCUCUCUGCGCCUGCUCGCCAGUCCAUGGAAAAUAUUCAUAUGACUGGCUCAAUAACGUCGCCCCCGGCAGUUUUUCC